UUGUGACGCUGUACUGUGAAUGGACAAAUAAUGGCGUUUGUACAUUUAUUCACUUUUGCAGCGAUAACCUAUUCAAUAGACUAGCCUCAUCCAAACUGCAGCUACAACCGUAUUGGUAGUUGUAGUUCACCACCGAGGUUCCUCCUCCAUUUCAAAAUGGACACUAUAUCGUAUGUACACUACAUUUCCCAGCUCCUCUUGCGGCCGCGCCUCCUCCUUCUGCUUUCCGCCCCCCGCCUUCUCUCCCACUCCACUGGGCCGCGAGGAAGUCGCAAGAUGGCUGAUGUCGCUUGGAAGUAAUGUUCCCCCUUUGCAACAUGAAGCCGUGAGUGUGGAAGACGAGCGAGGGAGGCAUAAUCGGGCUUUUAUUUUUCUUUUCUUUUAGUUUCUUUUCUUUUAUUCCGUCAAACAGUCAUCUCAUUCCGCGUCGUAUUCGCCCUGGACUUGUCUUCGGGAGUUGACGCGUCAAAUCACGCCGGGGACCCUGCCAGCAGCUAGCCACACAGUUAGCAAAUAGAAGUACAGCUCGCCAGACAGCCGCAGCGUUUGUUCGUCUAUCGCAGUUAGCGUUUUAACACUGGCGACCCAACCGAUCACUGCUAAACACAUGCUCAAAUUUAACCUGCACUUCAUCUUAAAAUACGUCAAACGCCAGCGCUGUCAUUUGAAACAAUUUUGCUAGCUGCUCGGGUUAACAUGUCCGCGAACUGGCCAUCCAGUCUGCGGUUUGCUAACUAGUGCGCAGUAUUGCAUCUAUUUCAUGUGAGCAAGCUAGUCAUUUCUGGAGGGAUUGUUCAUAUUUUUGCACGCAGUGGGAUUACAGUUUUACACCAACAACUGUAAAUUUUGGAGUAUAAUUAUGUGCUAGUCAAAUUAUGGAUGCAGUGCAAAGUGACAACUAGUUGUAGCCACACUGGCCUUGUUGGCCUCAUCAAAAUCCACAGCAAUGGACACUAAACUCCGCACACACGUCUAAAUCAGAGAUAUUUGAAUAUUUUGGGGGAAAGUAACUAUAGUAGGCCCAAUUGCACGACCGUUUAUGAUUGGCCAGUUGAUUAUCUGGGUGUCAGCUACUUCGGAGGGUUAACUAGCACACUUGUCAAUCACUACUUGGGAGACAGUUAGCUCGCCGAUAGCUAGCUUGUCUCGCUCCACAUCACGUUACAAACACGGCGUACAGAACGUAUUCAGAGCCCGCUCCCGGCCAGACACACAGGCUCAAUAACACCGUCAUGGGAGUGCAGGGCUUUCAAGAGUAUCUAGAGAAGCGUUGUCCCGGGGCUGCAGUCCCUGUGGACCUGCUCAAGCUCGCGCGUACCGCGGCCCGCCAGCCCCCUCACCACCAUCACCCACAUCACCACCCACACCAUCCCGGGCCCAUGCCUCCCCCGCCUCCGCCUGCGAGGAUCCUCAUCGACGCCGACUCCGGCCUGCAACGCCUCUACGGCGGCUACCAGACAGAUUGGGUUUGCGGUGGCCAGUGGAACGCCAUGCUAGGCUACCUGGCCGCGCUGUCCCAGGCCUGCCUGUUCCAGGGUGGCCUGGAGCUGGUAGUGGUUUUCAACGGCACACUUGGGAAGGAGCGCUGGCCCGAGUGGGCGCGGCGAGUUCAGGGCCAGCGACAGACUGCUCAACUGAUAGUCAACCACGUCGGCAGCAAGGCCACCCCGCCUCCCCGGGCAUGGUUCCUGCCCCCGGCCUGCCUCAGCCACUGCGUCCGCCUCGCCAUGUUCCGCUUCCGAGUGCGGGUUGUACAGACUUUGGAAGAUCAUCACCAGGAAGUGCUGUCUCUCUACAGGGACUUUGGAUUUGCUGGCCUGAUAGCUCAGGAUUCUGAGUUUGCACUCUGCAACGUACCUGCCUAUUUCUCCUCACAUGCACUCAAACUGAGCUGGAAUGGCAAAAACCUGACCACACACCAGUACCUGCUGUCUGAAGCUGCCAGGCAGCUUGGGCUUAAGACUCAGCACCUGCCCUGCUUCGCUGCUCUGCUGGGAAAUCAUAUUCUGCCUGAUGAAGACCUGGCUGCCUUCCACUGGAGCCUGCUGGGACCAGAACACCCACUAGCAUCUCUCAAGGUGCGAGCCCAUCAGUUGGUGCUGCCACCAUGUGAAGUGGUGAUCAAGGCUGUGUCAGAGUACGUCUCCUCCAUCAAAGACCUUGGAAACCUGGAUGCAAUCGCUAGCGAUGUCUUCAAACAGUCACAGUCUCGCAUGGAGGACAAGGUGGAUCGAUUCAAGAAAGCUGUGGACUAUUUCUCAGCUGCCUCCAAACCACGAUCGCCUAACAUGGGACCCUCCUCUUUCAUUUUACCUGGGUUUGGGCCCACUCCAUUUGGGGGACCACCUGGCCACAUGGGACCGAUGCAUCUUGGAAAAAAUCAGUUCCCUCCUCCUCAGAUGCCCGGUUUAAAACCACCAUUUCCAAAUGCUCCAUUUGGACCUGGGUCCGCCCCUCUGUUCCAGGACCCACAGCCUCCAUCCCAAGACUGCAAUGAUUCACCGACAGGAAAGAUGGGCUUCUCUGACUGGUCAGCGCCAUAUGAUUCCACUCAGGGCGGAGGCCGUUUGCCGAAUCACCACACGGGCACUCAGUCUGGUCCCUCUCCGUCGCCUUCCUCGUCAUCAGAUGGUGAUGAACCCAAUGACAGCAAUGCAAACCAUUUGACGGACAAGCCCACACGCUGGGAGGGCCCAGUCCCUGGAGACGGCUCCCAAGGCAACGGGAGCGGGUCAAACAUUCCGUCACUGCUGUCUAUGGCGACGAGGAGUCACAUGGACAUAACCACCCCCCCUCUGCCUCAGGUUAGUGCUGAGGUUCUUCGUGUAGCAGAACAUAGACACAGAAGAGGGUUGAUGUACCCACAGAUUUACCACAUUUUGACCAAGGGAGAGAUGAAAAUGCCAGUAUGUAUAGAGGAUGAGUGUAACUCUGAGCUGCCCCCUGCCUCUCUGCUGUUCCGUGCUGCCAGACAAUAUGCCUAUGGCGUUCUCUUCAGUCUGGCUGAGACACACCGCCGCCUGGAAAGACUUGCCCUCCGCAAGAGAGCUCCCUUGGAAGUUCCUCCAGUGAUUGUCAAAGAGUGGAGCAGUGGUAAAGCCAAGUCAGCUCUGACUCCUGAACUGGUUCCGGCUCUGUGUUUCCGGGAGUGGACCUGCCCAAACUUGCGUCGCCUGUGGUUGGGUCGUGCCAGUGAGGACCGCUCGAGGAGAACCAGGGCCUUCCUGGCCUGUUUACGAUCUGACUGCCCAGCCCUCCUCAACCCAGCACAGGUCCCACAGCAUCUGCUGCUCAUGUGCUGCGUGCUCAGGUAUAUGAUGCAGUGGCCUGGAGGGAGGAUCCUCCAGAGACAUGAGCUGGAUGCCUUCUUGUCCCAGGCUGUUUCCAAUCAGCUCUAUGAACCAGACCAGCUACAGGAGCUCAAGGUGGAGAAGGUGGAUGCCCGUGGCGUGCAGCUGGCUGCUCUUUUUAUGGCUGGUGUUGACACAGCACUUUUCAUCAACGAUGUAUGCGGCCAGCCGUUGCCAUGGGAACACUGUUGUCCCUGGGGCUUCUUUGAUGGCAAACUGUUCCAGAGCAAACUGGCCCGCGCCGCCCGUGAUCGUGCUGCCCUGCUAGAUAUGUGUGAAGGCCAGGAGGAGCUGGUGUCCAAAGUCGAGAAGAUGCGUCAGGCGAUACUUGAGGGGAUCAAUCUGUCUCGUCCUCCUCCACCACCUCCCCCCCUUCCACCCCCUGCCUUUUUACCACCUGCCAUGGUGCCCCCUUUCUACCCUAUGCCCCCUCUAUACCCACCUCGGCCCAUGGGUGGCAUGCCUCCUCAUCACCCGCAUCAUCCACACCACCCUGCCCAGCACAGACCCAGAGCCUUCCCAGGCAUCCAGUCCAUACCUCCUCAGGGAGGAAAACUGGAGAUUGCUGGCAUGGUUGUCGGCCAGUGGGCAGGGAACAAGCCAAUACGCGGCAGAGGGGCAUUCAACAUGCAAGUGGUUUCAGUGGGAACAGGGAAAGGGAGGGGUAAAGAUAUUCCAGCAAAGCUACGGGGAGGGAAAAAGGCAACUGUCAGCAGAACACAGACAUCGUCACCCCCUCCAUCCAACAGUCCCCCAAAGCCCCCAGAAGAGGUGGGCUCUACGCCAGAGGUUGCGACUCAGCAGCUGAAUGGCAGCUCAGCAGCCAUCGGGCAGCCCUUGGAGCUGGUCCCCUUGGCCCAGCCAAUCCAGUGUGCCUUAGCCAGCAGAGACAACCAAUCAGAGGGGGUUGAAGUGGAGGCCCCCUGUUGCCUUGACGACUGCCCGUCAGAUGGAGCGCUACAGAAGGAGGAGUGACGACGUCCUUUCCAGGAUGCGCUGCUCAGAGAGAGAGUUAUGUGUUCGACUGCCUUUCCCUGUCUUUGUAGCACUGACUGCUAACUGUGCAUGUUAUCCCAUGGAGCAGGAAGCUAUUAGAAUAUCUAUCUCAUAUUCUAUUCUGCUCCAUGUGAUGCAUCCAAACGGUUGGUUGUCAAAGCAGUCAAACCCCAUUUUUAGUUUUCUCAUGUGCUUUUAUGUUUUUAUAAAGAGAUUUUCUCUAAGUCUGUAAGCGCCCCAGCCCUCAAAAAAUAGCCUGCCUCCCACACACAAAGUAAAGUAAGGUUCAAGUUCCACCCCAUCACCACUCACCACUUAAACAAGCCCCCUUUCAAGUGCGGUCACCUGUACAGUUUGAGUUUUCUAUGUCGUUUUGACGGUCCCAAUGUUCGAAACUCUGCGCACACAUUGCGGUUCCCGGUGACAGAUUGGAUGUGGUUUCCAUGGUUACAACAUCUAGGCCUUGUCACCAUGGUCUGUGUGUCGAUGCGAUUUGUGAUUGUCAUGUCAUGUAAAGCUUUGACUGACGGAGAUCAAAGAGACAUUCAGAGACUACCUCUGAAUUUGUUGGAAUUAUUCAAAAGUGACUUUUGUCUGCACAGUAACCCCCGACUGUGCAAGAUAGCCUGCUAAAAAAGAAAAAAAAAGAAAUUAGCAUUUUUGCUAUCCAUACCCCUCUUUAUAGUUCAAUUGGUUAUCUAGCACUGGAGCAUGUCUGCACCACCAUAUUAGGAUGCUAUUUUACUUUGACCUAUGUAGCAUAGCCUAGAGCUUAGCUGUGCUAAUGAGCCCCAGGAAUUCAUGCACCUUAAUCCCUAAAGUAUGGAAGGUUUUACCCCGCUCCUUUAAAAAAAAAAUAAAAAUAAAAAAAUAUUAUUACAUUAUAUUCCCACCCUCCUGCCCCUUUCUCCCAAAGUUAUGAUUGUACUAUUCCAACAGAAGCACUUGAUGUUGUAUUUAAAUGUAAGAAAUUUUAAAUGCCCUUGAUACCGAUUAAUUGACUUGUGUGUAGGGGGUGUGCGCCUAAUUAAUGAUAAUGACAUGUAGAACGACAUUUAACGGUAGAGAUCUAUUUGAAAGACGUCAGAAUGUGUACAGAGUGGUUCCAGACAAAGAGGCACUUUGUUUUUAAGAUGUUAAACCACACUGGAAGGUCCUCUGACAGGUGAUAGAGAAGUUAAACACUCUGAGGCACCUUUCUAGAGUUAAAGGCCAAAAAGAAAAGACUGCUGCCCAGCAGAUAAACAGAAGGUUCCAUGCAGAUCCUGCAACGCAACCUCAUUCACUAAAGAACUUUCUAAGGACACCUGAUUCUCCAUGUUUCCUAGGAGUCAGUUUCAGAAAAGUAACGUCCAAAGUGAAUUUUAACGCAGCUGGCUGACAUGCGGUCACUGAUGUAAAAUGGAUGUGCCAGCCUCGCCUCAAAGAUCCCUCCAUCCUUUGGUGGCGAAUGAGUAACCGUUGUCUUGACAAUAGCCACAUGCGGAGAGCUAUGUGCGCUGCCAAGCUCUAGUGUGUCACUUUAAACCAACAGAAUGCUCUUCUCUGCUGUAGAGUAACUGCCCAACAAGGUGGAAACUUUAUGGGUCAGAACAUGCGUCAUGGAGAGAGGGAGCCCUCACAGUGCCCCUAGUGUCCCACACAUAUUUGGAGACUACGAUAGUGAAUUGUUUUGUUAAAGCACUUAAGUUUGUAUUGAACGAAAUGUCCCCUCACAGACAAUGGAAAUAAACAUAUGUACUUCUUAUCAGUUCUAUACAACGAACAACUGCAUGUUUCAAAGCAGUAGACCUACUCGAGAGACGCUGGCCAUGAGCGUGGAAAUAUGUUCUGUACAGAAUAAAAGGCAAGUCAACAAGAAAGCACCUUAUUUUCAUACUAUAUUGAUGACUUGUGCUCUUUUGCGUGCCACAAAUUUGACAUGGAAAUGCUGUUUUAAAGGAAAAGACCAUGACAAUAUGUAAGUGUUAAUGUAGUCUCGUCAGACAUCCCCCAUGCUAUGAACACAACCAUUAUAAGUGAGAUGCCAAUAACUGACCAGCGAUGGGUGUAGGCCUGCACUCGUCACAUGACUGGGGCGCGCCGUCGUCUCAACACCUAAUGACAUGAAAAGAGAGUUUAUUGGUAAGAAGUAAACCUACACCGUGGCGUGCUGUGUUUUUAGCAGGUCAAGAGUAGCGGCGUCUGGACUUAAACACUCAAGACAUGAAGACUAGGCUAGAGAAUAUGGCUCCACUGGCCGAAAUACCAAGUCUAGACUUUCUAGGAGUCACAUACUUAACUGCUUUCAACUAUUUUGACAUUAGGACAUGUAUUUCAAAGUACGUCGUUAGAGGAUGGCUUUUCUGCGGCGAGCCAGUGUGAUCUGGUAUAUGAUGCCCUCUAUCGCCACUCAUGAACACAAACACAAAAGAGUACGCUUACACACAAAGAAAUACAGUACACACCACACACACACACACACACACACACACACACUCUCAUUCUCUCUGCUUUCGUACUGAAGUGAUAUAUUUGUGCAGUUUCAGUUGCCAGUGGAGUGGUUGUCAGUUCAUUGGAGAUCAUUUGUUAACACAUUCGACUGACUCUGAAUCCCUACACUCAUGUUUGCAUGACAUGAAAAAAUACAUGAUACAGGUUUCAGGUAGACAAGAGUACCACGCUGAUACAUGCACAUAGCCACACAACACAUGCACAUACAUAGAUGUUAAACCCUGAGUUUCACAAUAGCUAGUAUGGUUAAAAACAGCAACACAAUACAUGAUGUAGUGUCCCUCUUUUGUCCUCGUCUGUUUUAGUUCAAUAGGGAUUUGAUUAGUGUUUUUUUUUUUAAUGCUUGUUAAACCAAGCACCUCUUCCCCUGCUUUUUUGACAUGUUGUCCCCUCUAUUGCCACACUUUUUUCAUUUAACUGCUCUUUCUUUCUCAGCACACAAGCGCACACACAAACACCCAGAUCCCUCUCCAUUUGGUCCCCACGAAGCAACAACGCUACCUUGGAUUUGGCACCAGGCUACCACCUCUAGAGAUAUUUCUUAACACUCUUCAGGUCACAAAAGGAGCAGCAUGGUCAUUGUCAUAGUCUAGUUUAGUUUGUAACAUUAUUAACAAAAAUUAGAAUUAGGAAGCUAAUAUGAUUACACUUGCACAAUUCAACAUGUCCGCAAUGGAAGGGGAGUAGGAAGGGGAAGAGCUUAAUCUUGAGUAAAACUGUCUUAACCAGAGUUUCCAAAAGUCAAUUUGAAUUAAAACCCUAUAUGAUCUUCAAAUGUUAGUCUUUUGACAAUAUAUGCCCCCAAAGUGUUCCAACUUUCAACCGGUUGGCCUUAUUGCUACUCAGUCAUUUCUUCGUGGGGACCACACGCUGUCACCUCAGAUAGUUUACUGGUGAACACACACAGUCACAAUGAAACUUUCCUUAAGUUCUUUCUUUCACUCCACUGCCUCCUUGCUUGUCCCGUAGCCCUAGGAUCAUUUACAUUGGCCGCCUUUCUCUUUUCUGUCUAGGCUGCCCCGCCCCUUUAAUCAACCCAACUAACAGUAAAGGUUAUCUUAACGUUAAUAAUCAGUUUCUGUAUGUAUCUAGCCAGUUUGGGAAAAAAAAAAAUUCUGAAAAAAAACUUAAAUUCAGUUGUGCAAAUUGUGUUUUUCUUACUAUUUUAAUGUUAUUACAUCUUCUAAUCCUUCUACCAUUGCUUCAGUUAGUACUGAAAUACGCUUAGCCAACCUAGAGAUUUGAACUGUAAUGAUUGCGAUUUUCCUUACCUUUGUAUGGCAUCUUUAGACCACUUCACCAUUAAUGUACGUAAGUAAAUAUUGCCCGUUACUGAUGAGAACCAUUGUCUGCACUGUUGAUUUUCAUAAUAUCCCUAAUGAUAAUUUUGUGGUCGCCUCUACCAAUCUAAGCUGAACUCUGCACCCUUGCACAAAGCAGCGGAACAUCUCCCCUGAGAACCAAAGUACACCUAGAAAAUCCCCUUUUAUCCUGUCCCCCAAAGUUCCCAUAGUCUAUCCCUGCGUCCUACAAAUAUCAACAGCUUGCCGAGUUUAUAGAUGAGUAUGAUUAUAUAUAUAUAUGUAUAAUGACAUUGCAGCACAUGUAAUUUUAAGACUGUGAGGUAACGGUGGACGAACACGGUGGUUGUCGUGGAGACGCAAACAGACAGGGAAGCAGGAUGGAAGUGUGAAGAGCGAGAAGUAGGCAAGAAGCACCGUGUCUUGCUCUCGCUCGUUCACGCUGAUUCGACAGUUCCACGUUGACUGAAUUUAGGCUGUGUGAACCACUGCACACACUCACAUCAGAUCCAGUUCACGAGAAGUAAUGAUGCUCGACAAAUACGCUGUCAGUCGCGGCCGGGUUUUUAGUGUCCCUCUCUUUCCCCUUUGUUUUUCUAACGUUGCGCUAUCUCAAACUUGCCUUAACUCCCUCGACUCCAAAGCGGGACAGUUUUCCUUGAAACCCUGCUUAGAGAUGGGUGGGAUAUGAAAUUAAUAUCAUGUUUGCUAAAACGGAUCACAUGCGGUCAGGAUUUUAGUGUUUUUUGUUUUUAAUUGGACGAGACCUCAAACAUAAUUUGUGUAACCAAUCAUGGAGUAGAUCUGACAAUUCCCACUCCUACAGAAGGGGUACUAACAUCAGCUGACGGUUUGCAAGGAAAACUUGCGCUCCUGACUGUGUGGUUAAAAGGCCACCCAUGUCAUUGCCCAGCUCGUGGGAGUCUCAAAAGAGCCUGACAAUGUUAGAGAAGUCCUGGGGUAAGAAACGUGCUGUGCAGUGUAGGCGGUAAACAGUAUUAUAAUGUUUGAGUGUGGAAAAGCUGCGCCUUGUCUUGUACCUGUUCUGAGCUAUCUGCAGGAUUCUCACAGCAAUUUGUCCAGAUUGAAUUAAGGUCCCUAUCUGUCUGUCUCUACACUGCCACUCCCCCCUCAACCGCCCUCACAACUCCAUCAUAAUAAGCCCCUCCCCUUUGCCAAGGUGCUCCAUUUGGUUCAAAUAUGCCUUCAGCAACACGUUCAGUACCCAGAACCACCUAAAAACUACCUGUGCAGCAAAAAGGGUUCCAAUAUAUCCAUAAUAUUAUUGUUAUAGAGAUAUUAUCAUCAUCAUUAUUGCUGUUAUAAUUAUGGUCGGUAUAAUUUGUCAUCAUUGUUAGCAUUAUGGAAGCACCAGACUGUUUGUAGAAAGAUGAGCGAAGAAAAAAAGUGACAUUUUUUUUGUCUGGCUGUUGGUGGUCUGAUCUUACAGAGGGAGGGGAGGAAUGGUUCAGAAAGAGACAAAGAUGGCAGUCAUGUUUGUACUGGUUGGGAAAUGACAGUGCUGAAAUAAAAUUUAUUCUUUUAGUAAAAAAAAA